UCGCUCAGAGAAGGAAGAAUCUGAAGGAACUGUGAAAAGUUGUGUUCAACAUUUAUCUAGUCUCAUUCAGCAAUAUUUAUCACAUGUGUUUAUCAAACGUGCUCAAAGUAGUCUCUUUGAAAAACUUAAAGAAAGUACGGAUGAUAAAAAAGUUCUUCUUCAAGUUGACUAUGCUGAAAAUUUUGCAAUGGAUCAGCAAGACGCUAUUCAGUCAGCGUAUUGGAAUACCAGAAUGUUGUCCAUUUUUACAGCGCACGCAUGGUGCGGAGCAAAUAAUUAUUCGUUCGCAUUGGUAUCUGACAACGUUACUCACGAUAAAUAUUGUGUGACUGUGUGUCUGAAUACCAUUAUUACUAAACUGAAACAAUAUUUACCAGAUUUGGAAGAGAUUGUGUUCUUUAGCGACGGAGCAGCAUCACAAUUUAAGCAGCGAUAUCUGCUUCAAAACAUGACACGAAUGAUGGCGGAACAUACUUUGACGUUAUCGUGGAAUUUUUUUGCCACUUCCCAUGGGAAGGGAGUGGUUGAUGCGAUUGGCGGAAUGGUUAAACGAAUGGUUUGGCAAGAAAUAAUGACAAAGAAACAGUGUCGAUCAGCUACCGAUUUCGUUCGCAUCGCCAAAACAAAAACAAACACGAUUAUUCUCGACGAAAUCUCACAAACGGAAAUAGAUGUAGCAAAAUUAAGACUUGAACAGCUAUUUAUGGCGACAAAAUCGGUCAAAGAUACUCAAAAAUUGCACAGUGUCAUUGCUAUUCGUUCUGAUGUUAUAGAAUGUCGAAUCUAUGGUGAUUCAACAUCAAAAUGGACUGUUUUUUUCUGA